CGUCAUCCUGUCAGUUCCUCCCCCACACACCAAGCUGCUUUCCAGUUGCCCACUGGGUUCACUUUGUGCUCUGUCUUCCGCCGUCAUAGCCGACUUCGCCGUCGCCGACGAAGAAGGAAUUGGAUGGAAAUCUUGAGUUAGGGGGGAAUGGGCUGCCUGCAGUCAAAGACUAGCAACGUACAGUCGCCGGAAGAAGAGUCUCCUCCGGCGGAGAAGGAAGAUUCACGUGAGAAGGGAGAGCAGGAUCGGGUUCCGGUGUUCCGGGAGUUUAACUUAGCGGAGCUGCGGGCAGCGACGAAGGGGUUUAGCUCUGAGCUCAUCGUGUCGGAGAGUGGCGAGAAAGCGCCGAACGUUGUAUACCGGGGGAAACUUGAAGGCGGGAGGCUGGUCGCUGUCAAACGGUUCUCACGCCAAUCGUGGCCAGAUGCUCAACAGUUUGUGGUGGAGGCUGCUGGGGUGGGUAAGUUGAGGCACAAGAGGCUGGUUAACCUGAUCGGUUGCUGCGCAGAAGGGGAUGAGAGGCUACUUAUCGCCGAGUUCAUGCCAAAUGACACUCUUUCGAAGCAUCUUUUUCACUGGGACAAACAGCCUUUACCAUGGGAAAUGCGAGUGAGAGUUGCAUACUACAUCGCUCAAGCACUUGACCAUUGCAACAUUGAAAACCGGAAAAUAUAUCACGACCUGAAUGCUUAUAGGGUUCUGUUUGACGAGGAUGGUGAUCCUUGUUUGUCGAGCUUUGGUCUUAUGAAAAAUAGUAGAGAUGGAAAAAGCUAUAGUACAAACUUGGCUUAUACCCCGCCAGAGUUCUUACGAACAGGCAGGGUAAUUCCAGAGAGUGUAAUCUACAGUUAUGGAACUGUUUUAUUGGAUCUUUUGAGCGGGAAGCAUAUCCCUCCAAGUCAUGCAUUAGAUAUAAUAAGAGGGAAGAACAUUUUAAUGUUAAUGGACUCAUCCUUGGAGGGACAAUAUGCAAAUGAGGAUGCUACAAAACUAGUAGAACUUGCUUCAGAGUGCCUCCAGUUUGAAGCUAAGGAUCGACCAAAUUCCAAGUUUCUUCUUUCUGCAGUUGAGCCACUUCUGAAACAGAAAGAGGUUGCCUCACUUGUUUUGAUGGGCAUAUCGAAGGCCACUGUGGUAUUACCAACAUUGCUUUCUCCACUAGGAAAGGCUUGUGCAAGGAUGGACCUUGUUGCUGUGCAUGAUAUUUUACUUAAAGCAGGAUACAAAGAUGAUGAAGGUGCAGAAAAUGAGCUAUCAUUUCAAGAAUGGACCCAACAAGUACAGGAGAUGUUGAACACAAAGAAAUUUGGUGAUAUUGCUUUCAGAGACAAGGAUUUCAAAAGUGCGAUCGAGUACUAUUCAAAGCUGGUAGUGAUGAUGUCAGUGCCUUCUGCAACUGUUUUUGCAAGGCGAGCUCUUUCGUAUCUGAUGAAUGGGCAACCAGAGCUUGCACUUCGAGAUGCCAUGCAAGCACAAGUUUGCUUACCUGAAUGGCCAACUGCCUUUUACCUUCAAGCACUGGCCCUCUCAAAACUAGGCAUGGAAACUGAUGCCCAGGAUAUGCUCAAUGAUGGUGCUGCCUUCGAAGCUAAGAAGCAAAAUAACUGGCGAGGUUAAGUGUAUCUUUUAAAAAAAAAGUCUCCCAUCACUCAUCAUUUCUCCUUGUUCCUGUUAAUGCUUCCAAUGGAUGUUGCCCAAGCAGAAUUAUUUUUCAGUUGGAUGAGCGAAUUUAAUCCCACUGUGGAAGAUGGAGAUGGAUGAUGUGAGUGAUGAUGACCAAAUAAAUGUAUAGUAUCUUCGGGAGAAAUAAUUUUGUAUGUUAUUGUGUUGAUCAGGAAUUCAUCUACUUGCAUGCUAACCCUAUUCUUUCUUAGAUGUGAGAAAGCUGGAGAUUUGAGAUGAAGGAAUGGGGAUUGGCGUGAAUCCUCAACUUAUUUUGUAUUAGUUGUCACCAUAUCUAUGAACAGAUGAUUAGCAUUCAAAUUGCUAAAGUUAUGUG